GUUACUCCUCCGUCCUCCCUCCGCGUUUACACCCGCCGCCACUCCUGCCUUGGCGCCGUAGCUAGCAAAGGCGAUAUCCAUGGCGAGCCCUGCACGGAUCGAGCUGGACAAGCUGAGCGUGGAGCAGCUCAAGGGGCUCAAGGAGCAGACGGAUCUGGAGGUCAACCUCCUCCAGGACAGCCUCACCAAGAUCCGCACCGCCGCCACCCGACUCGAGAACGCCUCCGCCGCGCUCCAGGACCUAUCCCUCCGCCCCCAAGGGAAGAAGAUGCUCGUGCCGCUUACGGCGUCCCUCUACGUUCCCGGUUCACUGGACGACGCGGAGAAGGUCCUCGUCGAUGUCGGCACCGGUUACUUCAUCGAGAAAACCAUGGCUCAGGGGAAAGAAUACUGUGAAAGGAAAAUUAAUUUAUUGAAGUCAAAUUUUGAUGAAUUGGUUGAGGUGGCUACGAAAAAGAAAGCCAUAGCAGACGAUAUGGGUUUGCUACUACAAGCCAAGCUGAGGCAAGCGUCACCGGGCCCAAGUUCAUGAGAGCUGGAUGCACACCUCGUCUCUUCUACCUAUGUUGUAUCAAACAUCAUUUAGUAAUUUUGAAGUUGGAGUCACGCAGCAGCGUAGAUUGUAUUCUUUGGCAUCUUCUGUCGCACAGCACACUCUUUGAAUGGUUUAAUUUUGUUCCUACUGCUAGCAGCCCGUGGAACUUUCAUGAGCUUGUAUGGGUGGGACCAAUCAUCGUUCCAUACUUCCAUUGUAGGUCUGGCCGAUGGGGGUGGUACCAUUGUACCAAGCAUUGCUCUAUUAUAGUAGGUGCAGGCUGUUGCAUUU